AUGGAGACCAGCAGGCUAGCCCCAGCAGUCGUCGCCAUACAAAUAUUAUUCGGGCUCUCCCUAGGCCUGGAGCUGCUGGAGCUUCGCGUGCCGGCGCACGUGCCGCUGGGCACGCGCGCGCUGCUGGCGUGCCGCUGGGCGCUGGCGCCGCACGACUCGCUCUACUCCGUCAAGUGGUACAAGGACGGCAAGGAGUUCUUCCGACACGUGCCCAGAGACCUGGAGCCAAGGAGGAAGUUCCCGCUGCCCGGUGUUGAUGUGGAGAAGUCGGACUUGUCAGGGUCUACGCUGACGCUGUCUCCGGCCGUGGUGGAGACGGCGGGGCGCUACCGCUGCGAGGUGUCGGGGGAGCGCCCGCUCUUCCCCACCGUGUCCGACCACGCCCACAUGAUGGUCGUUGCGCUACCAUCAGAAGGGCCCACAAUAACCGGUCUACAAUCCCACUACCGCGUUGGUGAGCUUCUCUCCAUCAGCUGCACGUCAGGCCGCGCGCGCCCCGCCGCCGCCCUGGCCUGGUACGUCAACGGUGAGCCAGCGUCACCCCUGACCCUGGUUCCGAUGGAGAGCAUACGUCAUGAUGAUGGCCUGGAGUCGUCUAGCCUCGGGCUGAGCUUCGUAAUCAGUGAGGAGCACUUUAGAGAUGACGUGAUUAAGGUUAAGUGUCUGGCAACUCUCGGGUCCGUCUACUGGCGGAGCAACGAAGAGAGCGCUCACAGGAGCAGCCCUCGAACCUACGAUCCUGUGAACGUGAAGCGACAAGCUUUAGACCUGCACAUCCAGGCUGACUACCGGAGCCCAGCCGCUGCCGUCAUUCCCAUGAGGUUCAUAAUGUUCCUUGUGGCUCCACUUGUUAUUAACUUUUAG